UGCUUGCUCCUUCUGGGAGUUUUUGCCUGUUGGUGCAUUCCCUGUUUAAGAUGCCUGAUCGAGAGAGUCACCUUGGGGCUUUUCGGGUACGUACGGGGUCAGUACUAGCUGGUCCGUCUCCGGGGAGAUCCUGAGGGGGACUCUAUUGGCUGUUUGGAGGACCGCACGAUUCUUGUUGAAUAAAAGAAAGAUCGGAGUGUGUCUCAUUGCUUCGUUCUGUUUCUCUGUACUUCUUUGCGGCAUCAACCUACAGGAGGAUUUGGGGGUCCUUCUACGACUGGACAACAUCUGCCGCAGUCCAGGGCGGUGGCAACUUCUUAUUGGCCGGCCGAUGCCGCAUCUGCACAAUCUGAAAUAUGUAAAAACAGUCGGGCAGGGUUAGAAGGGGUUUUUUGCAGCUGCGCUGUUCUAAGACCCGCUUAAAUGGUAGGCCGACAGGAAGUGUGAUAAUCCCGGACGUCUGUAUUAGGUUUGUGGUGUCAGGAAUAAAUCUUGGGCAUAUUCUAUCUCGGUUUGUGUAUUGAUCUCUCCCACCCUACACUCGACACCCACCAGGAACUCGCCUCAAAGUACAGGGAGGCUGUGAGUUUCCUUCAGUAGGGAAUCAGUUGUUGGUAGAGUUGUUAGUAAUUUUAAACAAAUGUGGCUUCGCUAAUUAGUAAACAGUAGCAGAGCUUGGGACUGGGCGGAGGAAGGAGAACUCAUCUGCUUCCAGACACGUCCAUAUAAGGAAGUCCGCCCUAUGUGACAUCACAAAAGAACAGUUUUGCGACGCCUUUUGAAAACGAGCAUUUGGAGCCAUCCCAAACUUCUUUGAGGGCUCACUUCUAAAUGCGCAAACCUCGUUAUCUGAAACUAACACGAGAAUACAACUUUCUAACUACAUUUAUAGGUCAGAAAAGGGGAAAAAAUAAAAAUAAAUCUCCUUUAGAAUAAAAAAUUAUGACCCACCAGUUGAGAAUCCGUGUUUCAGAUGCAUUGAAAAACCUUAUUUUGUUUUUUUUCAGUGUCAACUGGAAUUCCAUAAGAAAAAAAAACCCUUUGUGUUUCCUGACCAAAGCCACAGCACUGUGAAGGGUAAAGGUCAUUUCCCAGCAUUGCAAGUUGAUGUCUUAUGCGGCCAGCAUGACUCAUGCUUACCAGAAAGUAGCGUGUACAUUUCCUGCAUUCCAAUCCCCGUGGAUUUCACAAUCAUUAGGAGGCAGCAAGUGUUUCACAGUUCAGUUUGACAGAGACAAAGUAGACAUUUCAGCCUGCAUGAUUCUUCUUUUCUCGCUUUUGUGGAACUUCGUUCUCAGUCAAAGCAGUCGAUGAAGAAACUGAGAAAGACACUGAAUCCAUGCCUAGUUGCUAGUCGUCCUCCCGGGCAUCCCAGUUUUGUGGAGGAUUAUCAUGAUCACAUGGCUGCUGCUUGUGUCUUUGGUCCGCAACAGCGCACAAGAUGGACAUUUAAAAGAAGACGGGGGUUUUCACUGUGGAGCACGUAACAUGAACGUUACGACUUCAGAGCAGACAAUCCUUCUAACUUGGGAAGACGAGCCAUCAUGCCUGUCAGUACGGGAUAUGUUGAUGUAUAAGCUGGAGGUUCUAAUAGCAGACAAGCAAGUGCAUUGGGACCAAGUGGCUGUUUCACUGGAUCAAAUUGGAUCAACUCAUUCAUGGAACUGGACUUCUCAUUUGGCAUUGGAAUGCACCGCCCACACACUAAGACUCAGUUCUCGAUAUAAAAACCAAACAAGCGGACGGAAACAGGAGCACACUAUUCCUGGAAAUAAGGCUUUGGAUAUGCCCGAGGUUUUUCCACGAGACAAAGUGUUUCAAGUUGGCAGCCGAGUUACAUUCUGCUGUGUUCUUCCAACUGGGGAAGUUCUGGACAAUCUUUAUCUGAGCGGAAACAGCAACAGUCAUUGGAACAUGAGCCAGAUCAGCACCCAUACGUACGCCCUGUCGGUCGACCUCAACCAAGCGUCGUCUGCCAGUUGCACCGACAUAAAAUGUGAAACAAAGAAAUCCCACAACGGGGCUUGUGCUUACAUCGGUUACCCACCUGCUGACCAGGGUCUUUCCUGUGAAACCCGGGAUUUACAAUCAAUUGAAUGUAUGUGGACAGUAGGACGAAAUACACACCUGGCUAUCGCAAGUCCGACGAUCUAUCAACUACUUGGAAGUGAGUGUACCGAGGGCAUCAAGGGGAGAUGCUCUCACAAAGUGCAAGUGAAUGCUGGGGAGCGUCUUUGGACUUUAACGGCACAAAAUCAGCUGGGCACAGUCACGCUCACUCACAUGGCAGACCUCACCAAAAGAGUCCACAUGUUUGCCCCAAAAGGAGUCAAAGUCUCCAAGGUUGAUUCCAGAAACGUCUGUGUGGAGUGGGGGUGGACAGUGCAAACGUACAAUGAUCUCAACAUAACAUGCCAAGUCAAUAUCCGCCAUGGAAAGACACAUAAUAUCACAAGUGAACAUGUUGGAGUCGGCCUUAAUUCUGCAGUCUUGAAUGACUUGAUUCCCAAUUGGACCUAUAUGAUGAUGAUACGAUGUAGGACAAGUCCACAUCACUGGAAAUGGAGCGAGUGGAGCUCAAGUGUGACAUUUCACACCCAAGGCGAAGUUCCAGAUGCUCUUGAUGUGUGGAUGCAGGAAAAAGACAGCAAGACUGUCAUCACUUGGAAAAUACCGCUGGCCAACCAAAGCCAUGGCGACAUCAUAGAUUAUAUCAUAACAUGGGCGCCAACCAAGACACCCGAGAGACGUGAAAGCUCCAGCGUGAAACACCCAAAGAACACUUUCACCCUCAGCCCGGACUCCAUGGACCAGUAUGUGGUCCACGUCACAGCUAGGAAUUCACAUGGAAGCUCUUCUCCUUCAACCGUUACCAUCCCCAUCCUUCGUCCAGGCGGUGGUGUACUUAAACAUUCCAGGAUACUCGGCAGUAACGGUGGCUUCAACCUGUCCUGGUCUACGAGUCCUUCCGCCAGCUGCGGCUACAUAGUGGACUGGUACCCGGUCAUGGGAACGUCAGCGUUAGACUGGAUCAGAGUCCCUCCGAAUGAAACUAAUGUCAACAUAUUUUCAAAAACCUUGAAAGACGGCGUGAGAUACGUGCUGUCUGUCCAUGCCUGCACCCAUCGAGAACUGGUGCUGCUGGAGAGAAGAGAAGGAUAUGUUCAAGAGAAACCCAUACAAGAUGAUCUUUUGAAGCCGCUGACUUGGACACAGAGAAAUUUGGACGUCGUGGUGACCUGGAAUCAUGUCUCCCUACAAGAGCAACCUGCUUUCAUCCACGGCUACAUUCUAUAUAGUUUGGACACCAACAACAACAGGAGUGUCAUGAGUGACAGCACAGACAAUCCUCAGGCUACCAACCUGACAGCAAGAAACCUUCCAAUCAGUUCGUACUCGUUCACCGUGAAGGCGAAGACAGCCGUUGGAGAAUGCGGGGUGACGCAUAUCACCGCCACCUUAAAUUCACUGACUGAUAAUCUGAUCUGGGCAAUCUGCAUCACCCUGGUGACUCUUUUUGGCCUCCUCUCGCUCUUUGCCAUCCUUUGCUACCGACACUGGGAAUGCAUCAAACAGGCAUUCUAUCCGCCCAUCCCGAAGCCAGUGUUGAAGGACAAGUGGAUGUUAUCACUGAGUGAGCAAAGCUGUCAUCCGGUUUUUGUGGAUAUGAGUCACCACAACGAGGCAGAAAUGAUGACGAUCCCGAAGCUGCACUCCAAAUCGGAAGCGCCAGCGACUGAUUGUGUUGACCGGCGACCUGCCGCAACUACAAACAGAUAUUACCAGGAAACAGGAGAAGCACUGACCGUACCCGGCACAGCCAUCACCUGUCAAACACCACCAUCACCAUCUCUUCUAAGUGGCCUCAGUCUCACCCAGACCAGUGGCGUUCAGCAGCCCAUUGCAGAGACAGACUCUUUGGUGACGAGGUCCGAUGGCUACCAGCCCCAGAGGAAUACUGAAGAGUCCGAAGAUGCUCCAGAGAGUCUUUUGCCUUGCGUCUUAACCUACAUAGAGUUACCUCAGUCACGUUGUGAAUAGUUGCUGCAUAUUCAUUCCACUGUAAACACGCUGAACAGCACUUUUCUAGUUUACACACAACUCACAGCACUUUAAAGCAGUAGCGCCCUGAAAUGUUACUGGACAUUCAAUUGUUACAUUUAAAUGUAUGUUGUGUUUUGUGUCCAACCCGAUGUUGACCUGCAGCGGAUCCCCGCACAUUUGCGAUUUAGCAUUCGCAGUGGAGCAAAUUUGCAGAUUUUUGGUGAAAAAUUUUUUUAGGCCUUUUUUUUUCUUGCAUAAAAUACUGUACAUCUCAUCCACCAUACAGUAAAAGCACUAUGCGUUCCAAUAAAAAUGGAAUCUAUGUGUUAAA